ACAACAGCACAAACCACAUCAUUUUCGCCAUUCUCUGAUUUCUCUCUCCGAUAUCCAAAGAAUCCAAAAAAUGGUAUCAAAAGUGAAGAGAAGCCCAGUGAAGUCCAUCAAGGACCUCCGCAACAGCAACAACCACAGUAACCGUCGCUGGCGCAGGAAAACCUCCAUUAAAAAUGUAGUGGCGGCGUCCUCCGCCGGCCUGGCCACCAUCCGCCGCCGCAUCACGAAACUCUUCUUCAAGAUCGCGCACCUCAGCACCAGCGCCCACAAGAAAAAAGCAACCUCGUACAAUAUCCUCAAAAAGACAAAAACAACAACCGACGAACACGAACAACUCGACAACAUUCGCCGAACCCUCUUGUUCGACGACACCACCACGCUCCUCCCUCCGUCGUUCUCCCUCCGAAAAACGGUGUUCCUCGACCUCGACGAAACGCUCGUCCACUCCCACCCCUCGCCGCCGCCGGAGCGCUUCGACUUCGUCGUCCGACCGGUCAUCGGCGGCGAGCCCAUGGACUUCUACGUCCUGAAACGUCCCGGCGUCGACGAGUUCCUCGAGUCCCUCGCCGCCAAGUACGAGGUUGUCGUUUUCACCGCGGCGCUGAAGGAAUACGCCUCCAUGGUCCUUGACCGGCUCGACCGGAACCGGUUCAUCUCGCACCGGCUUUACCGUGACUCGUGCCGAAACAUCGACGGGAAGCUCGUGAAGGAUCUUAACGAAACGGGUCGCGACCUCAAACGGGUCGUUAUCGUCGAUGAUAACCCGAAUUCGUUUUCAAACCAACCCGACAACGCAAUUCUGAUAAGGCCCUUCGUGGAUGAUAUUUUCGACCGGGAGCUUUGGAAAUUGAAAAGCUUUUUUAAUGAGUCGGAUUGCUGUGAAUGUGAUGAUAUGAGGGAUGCUGUUAAGCACUAUGUCACUGUGCAGCAGCGACGUUAGAUUGUUAGAUUCUUUUUAUAAUUAUUUUUAUGAUGAUUUAUUUCCUUCCUUCCUCUUAGUGAGUUGAACAAUCAACAAUGAAUUGUUUGUUCAAUGUCUGGUUGUGAGUGAGGAGGGAAAAUGUUGUGUAUUACUAAUUCUUUAGUUUAACUUUAAUUUAAUUGAUGUGUUUGUUAA